AUGAUUGAAAUUCUUACGAAUAUUCAGUUGAUAGCUUCUCUCUUCCUCUUCCUUUCCCUCCUCCUUCCCCUCAUCGUCUUCUUCUACUCCUCACGUUUCAACAACAAACAGGCUGCUCCAAAUAAACAAACCGUUACUAUCCCAUCAUAUCCACUCAUUGGCUCCUACUUAGCCCUUAAACGCACCGGCAACCGAAGUCUUCAAUGGGAAUCUGAUAUAGUCCAAAUCUCACACGCCAACACCAUCACCUUCCACCGCCCACUGGGUCACCUCCAAGUCUUCACUGGCAACCCUGCCAACGUCGAGCACAUUCUCAAGACCCGCUUCUCCAACUACCAAAAGGGCAAUACCGUCAUUAGUACGCUCUCCGACUUCCUCGGCACGGGGAUAUUCAACUCCGAUGGCAACACAUGGAAGUUCCAAAAACAACUCGCAAGCCACGAAUUCAAUACAAAGUCUCUCCGCAAGUUUGUGGAGCAAGUGGUGGAUGCCAAACUCUCCCACCACCUCAUCCCCAUCAUGGCUUCAGCGGCACAACAAGACCAGACCCUCGAUUUCCAAGACAUCCUCCAACGCUUCGCCUUCGAUAACAUCUGCAAAAUCGCCUUUGGAUUCGACGCAAACUACCUGACGCCAUCGGUUGAACGGAGCAAGUUCGCGGUGGCGUACGAAGAAGCGACAGAGAUAAUCAUUAAUCGGUUCCGCGAACUGUUUCCGUUAGAGUGGAAAGUGAAGAGGGCGCUUAACAUAGGUUCGGAAAAGCGGUUGCGAAUGGCAGUGAGGGAAGUGCGCGAGUUCGCGAAGAACAUAGUAAGAGAGAAGAAGAGGGAGUUGAAGGAGAAGGACUCCCUUGAAUCGGUAGACAUGCUUUCGCGUUUCUUGAGUUCGGGGCACUCUGAUGAAGACUUUGUGACGGACAUAGUCAUAAGCUUCAUAUUGGCGGGGAAGGAUACCACGUCAGCAGCGCUGACCUGGUUUUUCUGGCUGCUAUCGAAGAACCCUCGAGUGGAGAAGGAGAUUGUGAAUGAGAUAUUGGACAAAUCGGAGGCUGCGGUUUACGAUGAAGUGAAGCAUAUGGUUUACACGCAUGCAUCAUUGUUCGAGAGCAUGAGACUGUACCCACCGGUGCCCACGGACACCAAGGAAGCGGUGGAGGACGACGUUUUGCCGGAUGGGACGGUGGUGAAGAAGGGGUCGCUGGUGACUUAUCACGUGUACGCCAUGGGGAGGUUGGAGAGUAUUUGGGGUGAGGAUUGGGCAGAGUUUAAGCCAGAGAGGUGGUUAGAGAAGCUUGAAUCCGGAAAGUGGAAGUUUGUGCCAAAAGAUUCUUUCACAUAUCCUGUAUUUCAAGCUGGUCCCAGAAUAUGUUUGGGGAAAGAUAUGGCUUUUAUGCAGAUGCAAAGUGUGGUGGCUGGGAUUCUUCGGCGGUUCGCGGUUGUUCCUACGGUGGCUGAAGGGGUGGAGCCCAACUUCAUUUCCUUCCUUACCUCCCAGAUGGAAGGUGGUUUUCCUGUCAAGAUCGUUGAGCGGGAAACCUCAGAUUCCAUUUUAAUAUGCUUCAUUCGUUUAUGCUUAANGCUAUCGAAGAACCCUCGAGUGGAGAAGGAGAUUGUGAAUGAGAUAUUGGACAAAUCGGAGGCUGCGGUUUACGAUGAAGUGAAGCAUAUGGUUUACACGCAUGCAUCAUUGUUCGAGAGCAUGAGACUGUACCCACCGGUGCCCACGGACACCAAGGAAGCGGUGGAGGACGACGUUUUGCCGGAUGGGACGGUGGUGAAGAAGGGGUCGCUGGUGACUUAUCACGUGUACGCCAUGGGGAGGUUGGAGAGUAUUUGGGGUGAGGAUUGGGCAGAGUUUAAGCCAGAGAGGUGGUUAGAGAAGCUUGAAUCCGGAAAGUGGAAGUUUGUGCCAAAAGAUUCUUUCACAUAUCCUGUUUUUCAAGCUGGUCCCAGAAUAUGUUUGGGGAAAGAUAUGGCUUUUAUGCAGAUGCAAAGUGUGGUGGCUGGGAUUCUUCGGCGGUUCGCGGUUGUUCCUACGGUGGCUGAAGGGGUGGAGCCCAACUUCAUUUCCUUCCUUACCUCCCAGAUGGAAGGUGGUUUUCCUGUCAAGAUCGUUGAGCGGGAAACCUCAGAUUAA